AUGGAGGACGCCUUCUACUACAUUGUAUGGAGCAUCAUAGUCCUGCCUUUGACAGCCCUGUGUUGGAAGGAGGGCAUCGCCGCGAUCUCAGACAACUCCCAGGCGUUCAAAGCCUUCAGGAACAACUACCUGGCAGUGUACAGCCUGCAGGGCCCAUAUGUGUACGCGCUGUAUGAGCACUACGGCUACUCGCCCGCCCAGAUCGGGCAGCUAUUCAUCGCCGGGUUUGGCUCCUCCAUGGUGUUUGGGACGUUUGUCGGGGCCCUCGCCGACAAGCUCGGCCGCAAGAACGCCGCGCUGGGCUACGUUGUGACGUACUCGCUGUCGUGCUGCACCAAGCACUCCCCCGACUACUGGGUGCUCAUGGGGGGCCGCGUGCUGGGCGGCAUCGCCACGUCGCUGCUGUACUCGGCCUUCGAGAGCUGGCUGGUCGCGGAGCACUUCAAGCGCGGAUACUCGGAGCAAGCCCUGGGCCAGACGUUCUCGUAUGCCGUGUUCCUGGGCAACGGGCUGAUGGCCAUUCUGGCUGGGUUCCUGGGGGACUACCUGGUGGAGAAGAUGGGCCUGGGCAGGGUGGCGCCGUUUGACGCCGCCAUCCUGUUCAUGGUAGUGGGCGGCAUCCUCAUCGCAAUCACAUGGCCUGAGAACUACGGCGACACCAGCUCACACGACUUGUCACAACAAUUCACCAAGGCGUGGGACGCCAUCACCAAGGACCCGUGCAUCGCCCUGCUGGGCGCCAUCCAGGCCAUGUUCGAGGCCGCCAUGUACUCCUUCGUCUUCCUCUGGACGAUGGCCAUGUCGCCCAACAAGGAGGCCAUCAAGCACGGCCUCAUAUUCGUCAACUUCAUGACGGCGUCCAUGAUGGGCAGCUUCCUGGCGGGUGUCCUCAUGAAGAGGGCGCGGCCGGAGUAUUACAUGAAGUAUGUUUUCGGGGCGGCCACGGCGGCGCUGCUGGUGCCGAUGGUUAUGGCGCUGGACACAUCCAAGAACCCAGAGCUGAAGGGGAAGCCCAUCACGCACUCCGGCAAGAUCCAGCUCAUCGCCUUCUGCGUGUUUGAGACCUGCGUUGGGGUGUUCUGGCCGUCCAUGAUGAAAAUGCGGUCAGACUACGUUCCUGAGGAGCUGAGGGCCACCAUCAUCAACAUAUUUAGGGUGCCCCUUAACCUGUUCGUGUGCGUCGUGCUCGGCAACGUCGAGGCGUUCCCCCUGGCCGGCAUGUUUGGCCUGUGCGUGGCGUUCAUGGUGGUGUCUAUGGUCAGCCAGACGCAGCUGGACAAGUUCUCGCAGGCGCGGCCCGUGUACCACAAGGUUUCAGAGGCGGCAGACGCUGAGGAGUCUGGGCACGUAGGCAAGGGCGCCACCGUGGCCGACUCUUGA